UUGCAGUGUGGAUGUCGGAUAGCUUAAUCGUACAGCAUGUCCAAAUUUGAAUGAAAGUUUUUGUAGUAAUAGGUAGCUUAUUAUAAUUGAAACGACUAAUUUUUGCGAAAAGUGAAAUAGUACUUUUUAGUGCAAGAUGAAUGUUUUGACGAAAAAUUAUCUUUCUAAAUUCGGAGUGCAAACUUUAUUAAAAUUCUGCACAUCAACAAAUAGUAAACAACAACAAAACAGUGACAAAUCAACAGUAGACUUUCAGGAUGUAUCUCAUCAUUCGCAAUUUAGUAAUAAUUGGUGGGAUCUUCAUGGUGAAAUGAAAGCUCUGCAUACAAUGAAUCCAUUAAGAGUUAAAUUUGUACGAGAUGGCCUAGCUAAUACUGGAUUCAAAGAAUCAAACUCUAGUCAUCCACUUGAAGGUGUAAAACUAUUAGACGUUGGUUGUGGAGGUGGUAUUCUAUCAGAACCAUUAGCAAGAAUAGGAGCUCAAGUUACAGGCCUUGAUGCUUCCAAGGAAUUAAUAUCAAUUGCAAAAAAUCAUGCCUCACUAGAUGAGAGUCUUUCCUCAAAUCUAAAUUAUAUGAACACAUCAAUCGAAGAUUUUUGUCAGGAAAAAAAAGAAGUAUAUGAUGUAGUUGUUGCAUCUGAAAUUUUGGAGCAUGUUAUUGAUCAUAGAUUAUUUUUGAAAAGUUGUACAGAAGUAUUGAAGCCAAAUGGUUCAAUAUUUAUCACAACAUUAAAUAAAAAUGUUAUUUCAUGGCUAGGAGGAAUCAUUGGAGCAGAAUAUAUUCUUAAACUUCUGCCUAUGGGUACUCAUGAUUGGAACAAAUUCAUAACCCCUGAAGAUACGCGACGAUUCUUAGAGAGAUAUGAUUGUAAAACAUUAUUGGUACAUGGUAUGUUUUAUAAUCCAGCAACAAACAAAUGGUCAUGGACAUCUUCAACAGCAAUUAAUUAUGCACUUCAUGCAGUCAAACAAGAGAAGACAAAGAAUGAAAAUUAAUUAUUCAUUUUGUAAAUAUCGUGAUUCUAAACUAUAUAGUAUUAAAAUUAUUAUAUUAUUAUAUGUUAAUGAGUUAGUAUUAAAAAGUUUAUUUCAAAUUUUUUCAUGCCUUAAAUUGAUGUACUGAAUAUAUUCUUUUUCAA